GCAUAUUGUCUUUCACUUUCGUACCAUCUCGAUACGACUUGUCCCAUAACUGCAGGUUAUAUAAUAGAACGAGACGAUUGCUCUUUGCGCCUGGACAGCGCCUUCUUUCGUGUAGCAACACCCGCGCAUACACUCCGGUGACAUCAGCCGAGACGAUCAUUGUAGGCGGACAGGAAUUUGGGAAGAGACUACUAUACGCACCUUGACUAUACCCUUGGGAUAAGUUGGGAUUCACGUACGGAAUAGGCCGUCGCUAUGAUGACUGCACCUCCGGGUCGUGGCUUGAGUUUCCCACUGGGGAACCCGCCAUCCAGCGACAAGUCUUCGCAAAAUGGCAGGACAGCAUUCGGAAACGCGAGAUGGGGAAGUGAGAUUUGGAGCAGCAACGUCAUAGGAGGCGGAUACUCGUCUAAGAGAGACGCAGUAGACUCGCGGGGAUCCAAUGAAGCUUCACCCACAGCACCCUCUGGGUCUGCCCAGCUGAACCACAUGUCCGAAGCGGAACCCUGGGCUCCAAGAGGCGGCAUCUGGAAGAGCCAAGACACUUCGGUGCAGGGUCGGCCGCCUUCAGGUCACACCUCGCCGAGUCACACUCGGGACAAUGGCAUGGUCCAGCACAGUCUACAAGACAGCCAAUAUUUCCCUACGCGUUCUGCUGUGGGCCAGAAUGGCAACACCGUCUCUAAACGAUCGAAAGAGCAUGGUUCCAUGGAUGCCUCUUCAACUUCGUUUAAAAACGUACCUAUGUUUGGCGUCCCCACCAGCGAAGACAAAGACAAGAGUGCGCCAUACUCUAACCUCGCAUCCAAAUAUUCUUACGAGCACCCUUCUGCUCCAUAUAAGCGUGGAUCACAAGACCAUGUCUUCAGAACGAUGGCCCCGCCCCGUGAAAACAGUACGGCCUCAUCUGGCGUGCUCACACCGGCGCCUCUGCACGGGGACAUUUCCAGUUAUCACUUUACCCCGAUCCCCAAUGAUGCGCUAAGCUUAUCUUCACGGCCAUCGAUAACCCACCACGCUUUGUCUUUCCCUUCAACUGGCUCCGCUCGAGGGUCAUCAUCCAACCAAGUGGCCAUGGACCGGGGUCUGCCCGACAUGUUCAAGCAAUCGCUCAAGCUUGAUGAAGCUCUAGAUUCUGGCGUUGUCGGUGGCAUGACGGGCAACAGCUAUGCGCACACUGCGAGCCAGCCUUUCCAGCUCAACCCUGGAUCGCAACCGUGGCCAGAAACCAAUGACGUGGGAAACAACGGAAGGGCCUUCGGGCAGGCGUAUCAGCAAGAGGUUUAUCUAGAGCAGAUGUCAGGCCAAUUCUUUGGUGGUGCUAAAAGGGGCUCAGCCUCGCCGGCUGGAAGCGUUCACCGCUCAAGCUUGAACAGUCCCCGAUACGGCCCAACGCCUAACCCGCGAGCAGAUUCGUGGCCCAGGCCACCCUCGGCCAAUCCAGCAUUGACCCAGGAGCUGGAACGGCAACACCAGCUACUACAGAACCCCAACUAUUUUGCUUCCGGUGGUUGGGCCAGCUUCCCGCAGUACUUGCCGCAGCCCAACCCCUACGACCACUACACACAGAACUCGACAUUUCGUAACCAGGUGCAGCCUCAUUCCUACAUGCCCAUAAACCAAUUUAUCCCAGGGGUCAACAUUCCAGUUCGACCCAGCAGAGACACGGAUCCCGGCAAGGGCAUGAGAAGCGUGCUCCUUGAAGAGUUUCGUGCCAGCAACAAAUCAAACAAGCGCUUCGAGCUCAAGGACCUAUACAAUCAUAUUGUCGAGUUCAGCGGGGAUCAACAUGGAUCUCGAUUCAUCCAGGAGAAACUCACAACUGCCAACAGUGACGAAAAGGACCAAGUGUUCCGCGAAAUAGAGCCUAACGCACUGCAACUCAUGAAAGACGUGUUUGGCAAUUACGUCAUCCAAAAGUUCUUUGAGCAUGGUAGCCAAUUGCAGAAGAAGAUCAUUGCGUCGCAGAUGAAGGGCAAGGUGGCAGAGCUGUCCGUUCAGAUGUAUGCUUGUCGCGUGGUUCAGAGGGCAUUGGAGUUCGUUUUGGCAGAGCAACAAGCCGAGAUUAUUAACGAACUGAAGCCGGACAUCAUGAGAAUUGUGAAAGACCAGAAUGGGAAUCAUGUUAUCCAGAAGAUCAUCUCAAUGGCACCAAGUCUGUGCGUCCCCUUCAUGAUGGAUGCUUUCCGCGGUCACAUCAACGUCCUAGCCGUGCACACCUAUGGCUGCCGCGUGGUUCAACGAUUGCUCGAGCAUGGCUCCGAGAUGGAGAGACGUGAACUGAUGGACGAGGUGCACGCCUGCGCUCCCCAGCUCAUUGCGGACCAGUAUGGAAACUAUGUUGCCCAGCACAUCAUCGCUCAUGGGUCACCGGACGACCGCUCCAGGAUGAUUCGCCACGUCAUCAACGAGUUGGUCCCAUUGUCGAAGCACAAGUUCGCGUCAAACGUGGUAGAGAAGUGUAUCGAGCACGGCACAGCCGACGAGCGAGAAGCCAUAAGGGUUAAGCUGACUGCGAGGUCGACUGAUGGUUCCCCUCUGCUGCAGAUGAUGAUGAGAGACCAGUUUGGCAACUAUGUUAUCCAGAAGCUGGUCCAACAACUUGAAGGCCCUGACCGGGAUACCCUGAUCGACGAGAUGCGACCGCAAUUCGCAUCGUUGAAGAAGAUUAGCUCAGGGCGUCAAAUGACGGCCAUUGACCGUCUCAUGGAUGUGGUUGACAACAAGCCAACUUCGUCCCGAAAGCAAAGCACGUCCCGCUCGGCAGUGAAAGUACCAACGGAUCCGAGCUUACAGCUUGACGUUAACUCAGCCAUGCCAACACCCGGCCUGACAACGGAGCACAACAGUCCAGAGAGCAACAGCCCACCCAGCACCAACCUUAGUGUCGGGGACGAGACGGUUGAGUACAAGGGCAAGGGCAAAGCUCCCCCGGUCGACGGACAAGUGGCUGUACGUGAGGACCAAGCAUAUGAGAUGUCACGUGAUGGAGUGCCCCGCGAGGAGGAGUAGACAUGGCUGCUGGCAAUUGCUGGCCGCUUUGGGGAAUUCCAUGAUCAGUGGGGCUCUUGGAAAACAACCACCCCUCUCGCACCAACGUGACCGUUGUUACAUGAGAUGUGACGUCACAUAUCGAAGACGCCGAGAAAGGAUUUCACAACUUGAUGAUGCGAAUUUGGUUUACUGAUUGGGG